ACUGAACCCAGCCUUUCCUCGUCCCCCGUGACACCAAAACAAACCAUCCUCCCUCCCCCUCCCCUGGCUGUCACUCCCUCGCUGCCCCUCACUGCCCUUCCUUGCUCUCCUUUCCUGGUCAGUACAUAAGCCUCAAUUACACAAGAACACAUACGUUGCAUAUAGAUUCCUUCACACUGUGUAUUUUUGUGUGUGAAAGUAUUCUUGUCUUGUCAUGUCGGUCAACUCAGCAAGGUCAGGAGUUGCAUUAGUCAUUGUCCAUCAAGGGUGCCAUGUAUGCGACAAGUUGACUGCGCAAUUGGAUCAUUAACAUUCAGUAAAACUAAAAGAAGCCAAAAUGGAGAUAGCAGAAAUGUAUUUAGUAAGACUGCAAGAACAUGUCAAUAGCCUGUGUACUGGCAUGCCAGCCUGGGAGAUUGUUCUAAAGACAGCGGCCACCACAGUUCUCUUGGUGUGGGUGAAAGGCUUCCUUUUCAAAGAUGAGAGCUUGUAUGAACGGGGAAAGAAGACGGUGUUUAGACUGGCACGGAGGUUACCACAAGUUAAAAACAUGAUUCAAAAGGAAAUUAACAAGAUGUCUGAUGGCCUGACUCACGACUUGAAUGAAGCAAUAGAAAACACUCCAUACCUGGUGCAGCUGCCAAAAGAUGGCUGGAGUACAGAAAAGAUUAUUGAAAAGGCCACAGAGUACACAAAGUUUGGAACCUUUAAGUGGGAGACAGGCUGUGCAUCAGGUACAGUGUACAAUGGCAACAAAGACCUCACAGAUGUCAUGACUCAAGUGUAUGGCUUGUCAGCGUGGACCAACCCCCUGCAUCCAGACGUCUUCCCUGGAGUGAGAAAGAUGGAAGCAGAGGUUGUGCGCAUGUGUUGCAGUCUCUUCAAAGGUGACAGAGAAAGCUGUGGAUGUAUGACAACAGGUGGCACAGAGAGUAUUGUGAUGGCUGUGAAAGCAUACAGGGAUUAUGCCAUUAAUGUACGUGGCAUCAAGAAACCUGAGAUCCUUGUCCCUGUCUCGGCCCAUGCCGCCUUUGACAAGGCGGCCUAUCUACUAGCCAUCGGCAUCAAACAUGUCCCCCUGGAUCCAAAGUCCAUGAAAGUUGAUGUCCAUGCAAUGAAGAAGAUGAUUAACAAGAGAACUUGCAUGCUUGCAGUAUCAGCACCUCAGUUUCCUCAUGGUGUGAUAGACCCUGUAGAUGAAGUGGGAGCCCUUGGGGAGCAGUACAACAUUCCAGUCCAUGUUGAUGCCUGUCUAGGAGGCUUCCUCAUCCCCUUCAUGGAGGAGGCUGGCUAUCCUCUUCCUCCCUUUGACUUCCGUGUGAAGGGUGUUACAAGCAUAUCUGCUGACACUCACAAGUAUGGCUAUGCUCCAAAAGGUUCAUCAGUGAUCAUGUACCGGAACAGCAGUUGGCGGCACCACCAAUUCUUUGUCACGCCAGACUGGCCUGGAGGUAUCUACGCCACAGCUACUAUUGGGGGAUCCAGGUCAGGAGGCAUUGUGGCAGCAUGUUGGGCUGCACUGGUGUAUCACGGCCACCAAGGUUAUGUUGAGUACACCACCAAGAUUAUACAGACAGCAAAGAAGAUAGAGGAAGGUUGUAGCAAGAUUCCUGGAAUCUUUGUGUAUGGCAAACCAGAUGUAUCAGUGGUUGCUCUGGGCUCCAAUGAGUUCAACAUUUACAUUCUUUCUGACCGCAUGACCAAAAGAGGAUGGAACCUAAAUGCUCUUCAGUUUCCAUCAAGCAUCCAUCUGGCUGUGACAGUACUACACACUCAUCCAGGUGUGGCUGAUCGCUUCAUCUCAGAUGUGACUGAAAUUUCUGAAGAUAUUAUCAAGAAUCCUCCAAAAGAUGCUGGUGGAAGUGCUGCCAUGUAUGGCAUGGCCCAGAGCAUUCCUGACCGCAGCCUGGUUGGUGAGUUGGCAUGGUGUUACUUGGAUGCCAUGUACUCCACCCAGCAGAAGUCCACCAAAGCUGACUAGUAUUCAUAGGCUGGCCACUGAACCAUCACUCUUCAUAUCUCUCAAAUCCAUCCAUCCCUUAUUUUUUGGACAACUUUUCCAAGUGGAAGCCUUUUACAAAAUAGCUCAAAGCUGUGAUGAUUGUAUAUGGCUAGUCAUGACUGGUAUUAAUUGCUAUUUAUGUGCUAAUGAAAGGCUUGCUGUGCACCUAAUAUGUUUGACUUGCACAGAAUGUUCAGGAAAUCCUAGUAUCUGAUUUUAAGAUUUUUCUUUAUUAACAGAAAAAAAAUAUUACAGGCAACCCCUGCUUAACGAACGGGUUACGUUCCUAGAAAACCGUUCGUCACGUGAAUUUUUGUUAAGCGAACCAAUUAUAACAAGUUUGACCCCUGACUUGAACUUCCAUUGAGAGUAAACAAAGCGAGAGUGCAUCAUAGUACAGUAAAAGGUUUAAUGAAAGUAAAAAUUAUGAAGUUAAACAUUUAAGCAGUUUAAUUUAAGACUAAGUCAUUAUAAUGUACACUAAUGUAUGUAUGUAAGUAACUUUAUAAUGUUGAUGAUCUUAAAUUUAUGAAGGGAGGGAGAGUGGAGCAGGAAAGACGCUAGCCAGCAACCUGUGGAAUGUAAACAAAAGGUGCAUCAUUGUACCACGCAUACAAAACUUAUGUACCAC